GCCGUGCUCGCAUUGUGCACGAGUCUCCGCGUCCACCGCCCUCCUCCUUCUCUUCGUCUCCGUCGUGUGCGCAGCCCGAGCGAGGAGGCACGGCCGCCCCCUCUUCUUGACAGCCACAACGAGGAGGCGGGGGAAACGCACGAACACCGUGCCGGACCACAGGUAGAGAGACUAACACGGAGACGAGAGAUCAACAACAACAGCAGCAGCAGCAGCAACAACAACAACAGCAGAAGCGGAAUCACCAUGUCCCGCCUGGGCUCGGCUCUCCGUGCCGCCUCCUUCAUCCUCGUGUGUGUGGCCGUGCUCACGCCCGUCGUGCACGGCUGGUACGGAAACCCGUUGGGUUCGUUCAUCCGGCACUACGAAGGCCUCUCAUACGACAGGGACGGGCUGCACCAGCGGCACCAGCGCGUGCGUCGUGCCACCUCCCACCCUGACACAGAGCUCCACCUCGACUUCGUCGCGCACGGACGACUUCUCCCCUGCGUCCCCGACUUUUGA